CAGCGUCCGCUGGAGCAGCCUCGCUCUGCCCGCCCCCUCUCGAAUGUCUUCGCGGGAUCGCCCUGGAAACGCAUUCUCGUAGGAACCAGCAGCCGCCAAUGGGAAGGAAGCGAGUGCCACGAACCGGCCAAUAAGGAGGGAGCGGUGCGGGGUUUAAACCUAAGGCGGGGCGGCUCCUCCCGGCGUGCUGCGGAGGAACGGCUGUUGAUCUGCUUUAGGGUUCAGGUGUUGGACUGGUCUGGGGCUCCCGCGCUCUGUUUCUCCCCACUGAGCUGCUGCCCGGGGAAGAGAAAACCAUGGCGCUACGGGUCACCAGGAACACGAAAAUCAGUGCUGAAAAUAAGGCGAAGAUCGGUAUGGCAGGCGCAAAGCGCGUGCCUGUGGCCUCUGCUGUAGCCUCCAAACCCGGGCUGAGGCCAAGAACAGCCCUUGGAGAUAUCGGAAACAAAGUCAGUGAACAGCCACAGGCCAAAAUGCCGCUGAAAAAGGAAGCAAAAACUUUAGCCCUUGGGAAAGUGAUGACUAAAAAACUACCAAAACCUCUAGAAAAGGCACCUAUGCCUGUGGUGGAACAGGAACCAGAGCAGGACCCUGAGCCUAAUCUUGAGCUGGAAUCUGAGCCUGUUAAAGAAGAAAAACUGUCUCCUGAGCCUAUUUUGGUUGAUACUCCCUCUCCAAGCCCAAUGGAAACAUCUGGAUGUGCCCCUGCAGAAGAAUAUCUAUGUCAGGCUUUCUCUGAUGUAAUUCUUGCAGUAAAUGAUGUGGAUGCAGAAGAUGGAGCUGAUCCAAACCUUUGUAGUGAAUAUGUGAAAGAUAUCUAUACUUAUCUGAGACAACUUGAGGAAGAGCAAGCGGUUAGGCCAAAAUACCUACUAGGUCGUGAAGUCACUGGAAACAUGAGAGCUAUCCUAAUUGACUGGCUGGUACAGGUUCAGAUGAAAUUCAGGUUGCUUCAGGAGACCAUGUACAUGACUGUUUCCAUUAUUGAUCGGUUCAUGCAGAAUAACUGUGUACCCAAGAAGAUGCUGCAGCUGGUUGGUGUUACUGCCAUGUUUAUAGCAAGCAAAUAUGAAGAAAUGUACCCUCCAGAAAUCGGAGAUUUUGCCUUUGUGACUGACAACACUUACACUAAGCACCAAAUUAGACAGAUGGAAAUGAAGAUUUUAAGAGCUUUAAAUUUUGGCUUGGGUCGCCCUCUGCCUCUGCACUUCCUUCGGAGAGCUUCUAAGAUUGGAGAGGUUGAUGUUGAGCAACAUACUUUGGCCAAAUACUUAAUGGAAUUAACUAUGUUGGACUACGAUAUGGUGCACUUUCCUCCUUCUCAAAUUGCAGCAGGAGCUUUCUGCUUAGCACUGAAAAUUCUCGAUAAUGGUGAAUGGACUCCGACUCUACAGCACUACCUGUCAUACACUGAAGAAUCCCUUCUUCUUGUGAUGCAGCACCUGGCUAAGAAUAUCGUCAUGGUGAAUCGUGGACUUACAAAGCACAUGACUAUUAAGAACAAGUAUGCCACAUCUAAGCAUGCCAAAGUCAGCAAUCUGGCACAGUUGAAUUCUGUAAUAGUUCAAGAUUUAGCCAAAGCUGUAGCAAAGGUGUAACUUGUGAACUUGACUUGGAAUACUAUAUCUGCAAAUAAAAUUGGCACCAUGUGCUAUCUGUA